CAGAUGAUUGACACGGCCGCCAUUUUGCUCCAGCUCUCUCUGCUUCCAUUGUGUGAGAGAUAGUAAAUAUCUGACACUGCCAGACAACCACAACACUCUAGGAGCCGUGCGAAGAAAAGGCGCUAAAUUCACCCUCGGUGACACUCUGUCGUAAUGGCUCGUACUAAGCAGACUGCUCGUAAGUCCACUGGAGGAAAGGCUCCUCGUAAGCAGCUGGCCACCAAGGCUGCUCGUAAGAGUGCCCCCUCCACUGGUGGAGUGAAGAAGCCCCAUCGUUACAGGCCCGGAACCGUGGCUCUGAGAGAGAUCCGUCGGUACCAGAAAUCCACUGAGCUGCUGAUCCGUAAGCUGCCCUUCCAGCGCCUGGUGAGGGAGAUCGCUCAGGACUUCAAAACUGACCUGCGUUUCCAGAGCGCUGCCAUCGGAGCCCUGCAGGAGGCCAGCGAGGCAUACCUGGUCGGUCUGUUUGAGGACACCAAUCUGUGCGCCAUCCAUGCCAAGCGUGUCACCAUCAUGCCCAAAGACAUCCAGCUGGCCCGCCGCAUCCGUGGAGAGCGUGCCUAGACAGCCUCCAUAAUGUCUCACCUCUGUCCUGUUUUUCUUUACCUGUCCCUGUCCUCACUCCUUCACUCUACCUUUCCCACCCACCUCCACCUGUCCCUCUCACCCUCCCUCCCCAGCCUGCCCAGCUUCUCAGUAGACUUUAGAGUAACCCUGAUUAUGAAGAGAUAGAAAUAUGUUGAAGUCUGGUCUCCAUAGGUUUUUUCGUCUUCACCAAAUGUUUUUAGGGUACCUUUUUCGUGCAUGUUAAAGGUUUGUCAGAUCAGAAGCGUACCUGCACACAAACUCAUACAUUCGUCUUUGGGUUUGGGUGUUGCCCACAGAAGCUCACCUGGAUUCUUCCAGGGUGGGCAACCAGCAGAUGUGGCUUGUGUGGCAAACAGAGCUGAAGCAGAGGGACGAGUACGAGGGACUAGUCUGCUUAAGGGGAGCUGCAACUUCCACAGCAGGGUGCUAUUUAAACUAGUCCUGAGGCCUCAGCCCCUGUCUUACCACCCUCCUCUUCCUCCCUUCUUGCCCAGUCCGUCCCUCUGCCCCCUCUUCCUUCCCCUCCCCUUUGCAGCUCCAGGCUGCACCUCUUCAAACGCCCUCCCUCACCUCUGUAAUGUGCUCUGGGAGAGGAUGACGGUCUGUUUGUGUGGACGUUUGCUCUGAUCUCUCAAACCGCUUGUACUCAACAAACAAGGAUCUUUUGGUUGCUUAAGAUUAUUGAUUAUUGUUGUGGAUAUGGUGUCUAUUUUUUUUACGCAUAUAAAUCAUAAAUGCUUCUCUUUACCACUCUCAAAAUCAUCAAAUUAACAGAAAAUCAAUCAAUUUUGUCAACUCAUCAGUUUUUAUUUUACAGUGAUCUGAUUUGCAAUAGAAAAUCAGGAAGGGCUUCUCUGUUUUCAAAGGCAACUUCAAUUCUAAAGGCAGCCACAGGGGGGCGAUGUUCACCGUCUGCUCCUCUACUCAACUCCUCACUCCUCAUCAGUCUCACAAAUUAUGCUUCUGUCUCUCUCUCUUUCUUUCCACUGAUAGACUUGUCACUACAGUAUGAAUUGAUAUUAUAGUGGAAGUUUCACUGCAUGUUUUUGGCUCUGUGUGUCUCUUGCACUCUCUGUAGGUCUAAACAUAUAAUCUGUCCCUUUCUCAAAAUUUGUGAUACACAAUAUAACCUCAUAUUUGUUUUCUUUUAUAUUUUUCUUAUUCCUUGAAAUUUUCAGACGUAUAAAUAAGCUGAUCUUUGUAUUUUCCAAAUUUCUCAUAUUAUGGUGGUAAUAAAUAGGUGUUAAAAAAC